GUUGUCUAUAAGGGACCUUCUAAACCACGCAUUUUUUGCGGAGGAUACAGGACUAAGAGUGGAGUUGGCAGAGGAAGAUGAUUGCUCAAAUUCAUCCCUGGCUUUAAGACUCUGGGUUGAAGACCCUAAAAAAUUGAAAGGCAAACAUAAAGAUAAUGAAGCUAUUGAAUUCAGUUUCAAUUUAGAAACAGAUACACCUGAGGAAGUAGCAUAUGAAAUGGUCAAGUCAGGAUUUUUCCAUGAAAGUGAUUCCAAAGCUGUUGCUAAGUCCAUUAGAGACCGCGUGACCCUGAUAAAGAAGACAAGGGAGAAAAAGCCAGCUGGCUCUUUGGAAGAACGCAGGUAUUCCCAAUGCAAGUCUUUAGGGAGUGUACUCGCUCAGCCCCAAAAUACAUCUUUGCCCCCUCCUCCUGUUCAGCACACUGGGGCGGAAUGUGAAGAAACUGAAGUUGAUCAACAUGUGCGACAACAGCUUCUACAAAGAAAACCACAACAUCAUUGCUCUUCUGUUACAGGUGACAAUUUGUCUGAGGCAGGAGCAGGAUCAGCUUUACACUCAGAUACUUCAAAUCAGCCCACUGUAGCCUACUCCUCAGACCAGAUUAUGGGCUCUCAAAUGGUUUCUAACUUGCCGCAGACCGAAAUAAAUGUUCUGGAGAAAAUUUAUCCAUCCCAGCAACUAGUGGGACAUUACCAGCAGAUUUCAGGGUUGCAGAAGCAGCCAAAGCUGACUCAGCCCCAAAUUUUGCCUUUGGUUCAAGGUCGGUCCACUAUUUUGCCUGUACAUGUCUUUGGACCUCCAGUUGUCCCACCACCCCAGGUUUCGCCUUUAAUUGUCCCAAAGGCCUCACAGAUAAAGCCUGUAUCCCAAGCAGUUGGAGCUGAACAACAAGCGACUCUUCUAAAACCAGACUUAGUUCGAAGUUUGAAUCAUGAUGUGGGACCUGUGAAAGAAAACACAAAUACCCCUGAUAACCCAAGUGGAAAUGGCAAACAAGAUCGGAUCAAACAGAGAAGAGCUUCCUGUCCUCGGUCAGACAAGGGAACUAAAUUUCAGCUUACUGUUCUUCAGGUUUCAACCUCUGGAGACAACAUGGUGGAGUGUCAACUGGAGACACACAAUAAUAAGAUGGUCACCUUCAAGUUUGAUGUUGAUGGUGAUGCACCAGAGGAUAUUGUAGACUAUAUGGUUGAAGAUAACUUUGUCCUGGAAAGUGAAAAAGAAAAAUUUGUGGAAGAAUUGAGGGCUAUUGUAGGUCAAGCCCAGGAGAUCCUUCAUGUUCACUCUGCUACAGAAAGAGCUGUUGGAGUUGACUCUGUUACUGUGGAACCCAGCAGUAGCCAAACAGGAUCAUCUGAACAAGUACAGAUAAAUUCUGCCUCCAGUCAAACCAGCAAUGAAUCUGCUCCUCCUCAGUCAUCCCCAGUUGGUCGAUGGCGCUUUUGUAUAAAUCAGACAAUAAGAAACCGUGAGGCUCAAUCUUCUCCUUCUCUUCAGCAGUACAUGCCUACAGUUCCUGGGUUAAACCUACUUUCUAGUCCAAGAAACAUAAGUAAUAAGGAAAUAUCACAGGACACACUGCUUACUCUAGAAAGUAAUCCAUGCCAGCGUGUACUUUUCACCUCCACAUCACAACAUAAGGAUGUAGUUGAUGGUAAGAUUUCUGAAUAUGCCAGUGUAGAAACUAAGCAGCCAGCUAUACUUUAUCAAGUCGAAGAAGACAGGCAGAUAAUGGCACCAGUUGCUAGUAGUUCCAAUCAUACUGCUACUUCAGUUUGUGCAGUUCCACUUGAAUGUGAGGGACUCACCAACGAAGCAGGCAUAUUUCUACCUGUUUAUCCAGGUCACCAAGCUGCCAGUCAGGCAGCUUCUGGCGAGUCAACUCAGAUUGCUGCUAACUGUCUUACAGCCCCAGCAUUUAUAUCUGAUCAAAAGCCUCAGUCCUUACUAGUGCAGCAGCCAACUACAGAUGCAGAAUUUAUUUCCCAAGAAGGAGAAACUGCAGUGAACAUGGAAGCAAGUUCUCCUAAGAUGGUUGUUCCCACUCAGAAUCCCGGCCUUGAACCAACCAGCCUUCUAUCCUCUACUGUCCUGGAAUCAGAUGGGGAAAGACCUCCAAAAAUGGAAUUUGCAGACAACCGAAUUAAAACUCUGGAUGAAAAAUUAAGAAAUUUGCUCUAUCAGGAGCAUAACAUACCUAGCAUCUACCCUGAGAGUCAGAAGGAUACCCAAAGCAUAGACUCUCCAUUUUCUUCCUCUGCUGAAGAUGUACUCUCAUGUCCAGUGCCAGAAGUCAUAGGCACCAGUCACUGUGGAAUUCAAGAUAGUCCUGCACAGUCCCCUAAUUUUCGACAGACAGGCUCUAAGAUUCUGUCCAAUGUGGCUGUGAAUCAGCCUGCUAACAUAUCAGUGUUCAAAAGGGACCUGAAUGUGAUAACUUCUAUACCCAGCGAAUUAUGUUUACAUGAGAUGUCCCCAGAUGCUUCACUUCCAGGAGAUCCAGAGGCCUAUCCUGCUGCUGUGUCAAGCGGUGGAGCCAUUCAUCUGCAGACAGGAGGUGGAUAUUUUGGCCUAAGCUUUACUUGUCCUAGUCUCAAAAAUCCUAUUAGCAAGAAAUCCUGGACUCGCAAAUUAAAAAGCUGGGCAUACAGGCUACGGCAGUCAACCAGCUUUUUCAAGAGAUCAAAAGUCCGUCAAGUGGAAACAGAAGAUACGAGAUCAGCAGUUGUUCCUGACCCCAUUCAUCUGACAGGAGAGUCCACAACUGAUACUAGGUCUUUGAGUAAAUGUAAAGCAAUGAGUGGAUCAUUUCAGCGGGGUCGGUUUCAGGUGAUUACAGUUCCCCAGCAGGAGUCAGUGGAAGUGACAUCUUUUGGAAUAGAACUCAUACCAGCAUUCAAUAAAGUGACAAGUCAGUCUACUGAAGAAGCUUUAGCCUUUACUGAAACAGCAAAGUCUCAAUUGAUAGAAAUGGAACCUGUCACCAACAAUCCACAAACUUCACUUUCUUCUCAGAAGUUACAAGCUCUUCACGAAACCUUCAAAGAUCCAAGAAUUUCCAAACAAACUGACAACUUUUCAUCUUUUAGUAUAGCUUGUGAGACUGAUACAUCGUCGAUUACUACAGAAAAGGAAUUGGAAGAAAAUUUGGCCACAGGAAGUAGCAUGCAGUCUGGAUCUGAACUGCUUAAAGAGAGAGAAUUACUUUCUGCUAGGAAACAGCCUAGCUCUAAUAGUGAAUUUUCAGCUGCUCUUCCUGACAGAGGGAAAUCAGUGGUGAAGACUGGUCCAGAGAGAGAAAAGUGCUUACCACUCUGUGAAGAAAAAGCCUGUGUUCAAACACAGAGCUCACACUUCUAUUCACCGUCUUCCCCAAUGAGCAGUGAUGAUGAGUCAGAAAUAGAGGAUGAGGACUUAAAGGUGGAGCUUCAAAGAUUACGAGAAAAACAUAUUCAGGAGGUGGUAAAUCUUCAAACCCAGCAGAAUAAGGAGCUACAGGAGCUCUAUGAACGCCUUCGAGCAAUUAAAGAGAGCAAAGUCCAAUCAUCAGAAGCUCCUGUAUCACCUGCAUCACCACGUAGACCAAGAUCUUUAAAAAGCAAACUUCGAAGCCGUCCCCAGUCCUUGACACGUGUGGACAGUGGCACAAUUGCUACAGGUCCACUGUGUGUGGAAAGUAGUGCAGCAUCAUUCCAGCAAUCUUCAGUUAGUAAAAAAGGAAUGUUCACAGAUGAUUUACACAAAUUGGUGGAUGACUGGACAAAGGAAACAGUAGGAAAUUCGCUUAUUAAGCCAAGUUUAAACCAACUUAAACAGAGUCAACAGAAACUAGAAACAGACAACUGGAACAAAGCAUAUGAAAAUACUCCAUCUACUAUGGGCUACACACCAACAUGGAUUUCUUCUCUGUCCCAAAUCCGUGGAGCUGUCCCAACCUCCUUGCCACAAGGACUGUCACUUCCUUCAUUUCCUGGGCCAUUAUCAUCAUAUGGAAUACCCCAUGUUUGUCAGUAUAAUGCUGUGGUGGGGCCAGGGUAUCCAGUACAGUGGGUAGGAAUUUCAGGAGCACCACAACAGUCUCUAGUAAUUCCUAACCAACCUGGGGGACCGUUCCAACCAGGGAUGAAUUUGCAGGCAUUUCCAGCUUCAGCAGUGCAGAAUCCGUCCACAAUCCCUCCUGGUCCCAAGUAAAUCAGAGUAGAUAAUGAAGAAAAGGGAGUUUUUUUCAGAAUUAUUUUCAGGAUACCUAAGGUAUUAAACUUUCUUCUUCUUGGGUUCUGCCAUAUUUUCCUUCAUUUUGAGUUUACUUUCCACUAUUAUUUUUUGUUCCAGUGUAGUAUUUGAUAUAGCUCAUCACCUGUAGAACUGUGCAGUUUGUAUAUAGAACACUGCACAUAGAAAUGUUUUUUCACUUCAAAUCCUAUCCUCUUUGAUACUUGAUUUUUUAAAAAAUACCGUUCAGAAUGCUUUAAUAUGCUCAGCUUGAGCAUUAUCAUUUCCAGGACACUUUCCAUGCAUUGCUGAGAAGCCCUCAUUUUUUAAAAUUGCAGUUCUCUGCAGCUAGAUGAUACUUUUCUUUUUUUUUUUUUUUUUGAUACUUUUCUUUAAAAGGUAUAAGAACUAUUUAAAUUUAUAUUCCCCAAACAUAGACAAAGUGAGACUCUCCAGCAGGGUCUUAUGAGAUUCUUCAUGUUGUUUAUCUUAGGUUUAUCUUUCAGAGAAGGCAGGGUAACUUGCUGCAGGAAAUGUUUUGGUGUAUAAAAUUAGAAUAACUGUCAACCAAUAUAAAACAUGAGCCCUUUUUAAUGUGAUUUUCUUCCCGUCAUCACAGCAGUAGGAGUGAAGCCUUGUUUUAGGUGAGGCGGAGAAGAAGGAAAAAACAGAACUGUAACAGUUCCUUGAUUCUGCAGAUAAUGUAGCUGCUUUAGGAUUUCCAUAGUAAUUCAAAGCAGCUAUCUCUUUGUUUCUCAUGUGCACACUACAUUGUAUUUGAGCAUGAGAGGCAUUGGUUUGGCUUGCAUUCUUCUGCAAGGGAUAUACUGCAGCUGAUAUGAAUCUCAUUUGGGGGGAAUCUUUGUAUUCCUAACAAAGACUAUUCAAGUUACACCUCUAUUAAUCCAUUCUUCUGAAGAGAAAUUUACUUGAUACAGUAGGUUUUGAGACUUACACAUGAAACACUGGCUUUACAGGGUUCUAAGAGAUGAGGGGUAUACACUGUCCUGCAGUAGAUAGUAGACCCUCGAAGGAUACUAUUUAAGUUGCCCUUAACUUUUUUUUUUGGGGGGGGAUUACCUUUUUUUUAGUUGUUAUAGUUUUCUUGUUAGUAUCUGUAGCAUCUUAGAUGAUUUUAGAUCUUAGAUGAUUUUGGCAGCCUCUUUAGAAUCUGAGAGAGAUCACUGUCAAGUUGCACUUUACUGGGUUUUAUCCAGUUUUAGGAGGAGAGGAGGCAAUGUCAGAAUAUACGUUUUUGGUUUUCAAGAAAGUUAACUAAUAUUCUUAAAAGUCUGGUCACAAAGUUACCUAAUGCUUGAUCAAUCUGUGAAACCCAAAUAUUGAAUUCUAAAACAGUAUUUAUCAACUACCACAUAUAAACAUGUUUAAAAUACUUUUUACUCUGAAGAUUUCAAAGUCAUUUCUAGGACACACUUACCUAAUAAUGAGUUCUAUUGGUCAACAUUCCAAAUGAUCACCCAACAUUUCUGUUGACAGAUUUUCCUCCAUAUUCCUCUAAAAAUCUUACCCCAUGAUCUUGCCAGGUAAUGAGGAAAACUUAAUGGGUGUACUUUUUUUUUUUGCACACUCUACUUUGUGACAUUCAACACCCUUUUUCCAAAAAAAAAGUGUCUUCUGUUGCUUACCUGAGGAUCACACUCAGCAUCAUGAAGAUUCUGUCACUAUCAUUUUGGGGCAUCCAGGACAGCAUUUUGAGAACUGCUGUUGAUAAGAGUCACAGCUUCUUUUUAUAAAACAUACUCUGGUUUGGAUGAGUCUUUCUAAAUCUUAUGUACAGAUUCUUCAAAUUUCUUCUACAGUAUUAUUUGCAAGUUGAAAUGGUUUUAGGACAUUAGUGUAAUGCAAAUUCUCGCAUUGCAGUUUUCCAUGUGUACAAAAAACAAUGUGCCUAAAAUCUGUAAUUCUUUCAAACUGCUUGUGUUUCAUUAGUAGAGUCAGCUUUGUGUGAUUACAUUGAGACUUACAAUUUAUAAGCUGAAAAUACUGCAGGUUUUAUGAUCCUUUUUGGAGUUACAAUCCUUUAAUAGUGUACCCCAGGAUGAAAAAAGCUCCAUGGAUGACAUUUAUUAAUGGCUGCUCUAUAUCAUAUGUCCCACAUUUUGCCACCACCUCUGUUUUAUGUACAAUUCAUCAUUAUUUUGCCUGCAGACUUUUGCAGUGCCUUGUAAUAUUUAGAAUCUUUUCAGAUUUUUUGCUGGAAAGAAAAGUAGUCUUCUAAAGUUUGAAGAUGGUGAAUAGUGUACUGCUGUCUCCAUGCUGACUGCAGUAGUUGGGUUAACAUAUAUGUUAUGUAUACAUUAUGUAUAUGUAACGUGUGUAAGUUUAAAAAUACAGAAAAAAGUGAGUGUGCAGAAAUGAAGAAAACAGUGUUAUUCACAUCACUGUGGGUUUUUAAGUUAUUUUUUCCCAUUACUUAAAUGUUUGACUCAGAUUAUAGUCACUUUGACUGUAAAUAUUAGCUAGUUUUCUAUCUAGGGGUUUUGCAUUAUUUCAUAAUUUUGAUAAAUCAUGAUAGUGCUGUUUUCAUCCUUGCUGAGGUACUUUUCCUACCCAGAAAUAAUUAACUCUUGAGGUAAAGCUCAGACAUUCCCUUCUUACUUAACAAAGAGCCUACUAUAAAGAAGGGCCUUCUUCCCAUUUCCAACACACACCAAAACCUGUCCUUUCCAUUUUCCUUCUUGUAGAAGAAAAAGGAUUACACUAAACAAUCCUGCUUGUAAAGCUUUCUUGAGGGUAGUCAGUAUGUCCAACCAUCACAUUUACUUCUCAAAGUGCAAGUCUGAUGAAUAGUACUGUAUCUCCAUAUGUGGCAAUGUGAGCAUUUCAUCAUGAAGUACCUGCUGCUAUGUUUGUGAAGUUGGGUGUAACAUCAUAAGAAUAUGAAACCAGUAUUGGUGUAAAUCUAAUGAAAAUAACCCUAUGUAUUUGUACCAGUCUUGAAUCUCUAUUUAAGGCAAUUUGCUGUAGUUAACAAAUAUCCACUUCAUUUUUCAUCUUUUCUUGCCAGUUUUAUAUCCAGCAUGAAUUCCAAUGGUUUGACAGCAAAAUUAUCUGUGAAAGUUUAAAAGGCACUUUUCUGCUGCGAUUUUUGGAUUGAGUGUGGAGUGUUAUGUAUAAUAUGAUGGGCUAUAUCAUUUUAGAACCCCAUAUUUAAUCCCAAUCCAAUUACAAUUAUUUAUCUACCUCUUUCAAAGCUGUUUUGGGGUACACAUGAAAACACUGCCUGUGAAACUUGUUUUUUUGCCUUGAUUCUAAGUAUUCUUUCAGGUUAUAAAUCUGGCCUGCCUUCUUGUCCCAGUGCUGUGAGUUUGAAAUGAGAGGGACCAUCACUCUGCCACCAAUCUAUGUUUUAAGUGAUGAGAGCCACGUGCUUCUGAAAUAAGCUUUGGGGAUGUAGGGAUGGAGAACAGAGAAAUAAAUCCAGCUGGUGGCAAUAUAGGACUUAGUGGUAGAAGUUAGCUGUAAACAAACAAAUGGUAAGAAAGUACCUAAAUUAGACAGUCCAGUGCCUGUAACUUCGCAUCUUUUAUUAGAGAUGCAUUUCUUGUCUGUGUGCCUAAAGGGCUAUGGGUUGAAAUUGCUUUAACUAUCACAAUGAGAUAUUUGAUAAAUCUUAGAGCAGUGGCCUGUCAUUCAGCAUACUAGCAUACAACUAAGUAUUUGUAGUGAUAUUUUAUUACCUUAAAAUGGCUGUAUGCUUUUAAUUGAAUUGUAGUUAAUUGUAACUGUUCAUCCAAUCUCUAACAUUUAUCAGAGGCAUUGACUUUCCCCUUUGCUGUCUUCUCUGAGUGAUGAAAAUGAUGCAUUCCUUUUUCCCCCCAGAAAACUGAGCAAAUGUUUGUAAACCACAAGUUGUUUCCCUUGUUUACUGUGUGUAACACUAAAGCACAUUUAAUGUUAGUACUAAUAUUGUAUUUCUGGCUUCAUCUACAAGUACAUUCCUGAAGUAUCCUUGCCAUCAGUUUGGGAUUCAGUUAUUUAAUCUUCUGUUUGGUUUAGAAUAUUGAGAUAUCUGAGGUGUUGUGCAGGCCAUUAUUUCUAGAAUAGAUUGUUCAUUUUUCAUCCUGGAUGAAAGUUUGAUGAAAGUAGUUUCCUGGGGACUUGUUUUUUCCCCUUUUAUUUAAAAGAUGACCCAAUCAGGGAAUGGAGCAUAGAAAAGGUCAUUGAUUUGUUUAAGUGUAAUUUCUGAGAUUGAAAUAAAAAUCCCACAAGUAGUUCAGACUAUAAAAUGGUGACACUCAAACUUGGUAAAAUCCUUCGAAGUGAAAUUAGUAUGAAAUGUUUCUGAAAUGCUUUCAGGUCACCAUGGAAAUAGUCUUUGUAUGUGAAGGAUGAACACAAACAUUGGUCAGAAACCUUGACAGCCAACAUAGGCAUAGGCCUGGGAUAGUAACUAGGUUACACUGAAGGUAUUUUCAACUGAGAUAGCUGGAAGAUUAUAUAAACCAACAGCUCCCAUUCUGGAAGAUUUUUUUUUUAUUAAAAAAACCUCAAGCAAAAAGGCUAAAAGUCAAGCAAGAAGGGAAGAGAGAAACUGGGCUCUUGAGAAAGAAAACAGUGUCAUUGAAAAAUAAAAUUCCUAAAUUCAUGCUUGUCAUCCUUCCCAUUUUUGUUUUUAAGUUGCAUUUCUUCUCCAUUGUAAGAUUUCAGAUUGAAGUUUGUGGUCCAAAACAUACCCUCAGCAGAAAUAGUGAUUGAUUGGAAAGUGCAGUUGUUCAAGGUCUGUCAUGCUCAAUCACUUAAAGCUGUAAUUUGUUUGAUAUGAAUAUUAAGCAUGUAGACCUAGUACAGCAUGGGAGCCACUCAGGAAGUUUAUGCAAUUAAUAAACUUUCAUGCAUAAUUUACUAUAAAGUAUGCAGAAUUUUAGCCACUUCUCUACACUUAACCUUUAGUUGUAUAUGUCAACUCUCCUUUCUUAAUUGGGGAAUGUAGCAUUAUAUGGAAUGUUGUUAAAACUAAUUUUAAUCCUUCUUGACAUUAACUUUUAUUAUUUUUUUUUAUAAACCUAAGCGAUCUGCCUUUAAGCAGUUGUCUAGAUUUUGGUUCUUUGAAACUGUGAUUUUUAUUUCAUUUGUACCCAACCAUUGUUAAGUAUUUUGUUUCCUGGAAAUUUUGUUUUGAAACAGAAAAUAAAGGCUGUGUUAAAAUGAGUAUAUUAUCUUAUUAAAAUACUGUCAUAGUCACUGCAA